AUGAUGAACUACGGUGGUCACCCAUUCCACCCUCAGCAGACACAGCAACCUCAACAACCGCAACAUCAAGGUGUACAAUCCCAACAUCCGUUGGGUCCGCAGCCUCAACGUCAGCAUGCCCAGUCGCCCUUGCUAGGUGCGGGGCCGCAGUUGCCACAGCAUGGCAGUCCAUUCCCGGGGAAUAAGCCAAUUUUUCGUGGGCAACCUCAGCAGAACUUCGGUUCAUCGCAAUCUCCGGAUAUGCGCAAGAUGACCCCGACAUCGGGGUCAUUAGGUGGAUACCCCACUACCACCAGUUUUGGCCAAUUUCCGGGGCAGUUUGCGGCACAGAGCUCCCCGGAUUUGAUGUCUCGUAACCCAGACCCUAUGGCACUGCAGAACCUUCAGCGUAGUGGGUUUAAUCCAAUGGCCCACCUUCGGCCGCAGCCAGGAAUGAGUCCUUCAACUGGCCUCACUCAUGGACAUCCCAUGAAUGUUCCUUCGCCGCAGCAGGGGAUGAACAGACUUCCUCAUGCAGGCAUGCAACAGAGGGAUAACCAUACGUCCGGCAGUCCCUCUAUGGCUAGCCCGUCUAUGUUUGCCAUGAAUCAACAGCGACAGGCCCAGCCACAGUCACAACCGCAGUCGCCUCAACAGACUCACCAACAGUUGCAGCAGCAAAUUCAACAGCAGCAGUUCCAGCAACAACGCCUCGAGCAGCAGCAGAGGAUGGAGCAACAAAAGCAAAUCCAGCAACAGCGUUUGGAACAACAACAACGCUUAGAACAGCAGCAGCGGCUUGAGCAGCAGAAGGAAUUGGAGCAGCAAAAGCUAGAUGAGCAAAAGAUAUUGGAGCAGCAGCAGCAACAACAACAACAGCAACGCCUAGAUCAGCAGAGGCUCGAACAACAGAAACAGCAUCAGCAACGGGUGGAGCAGCAGCGGCUUGAGCACCAGCAGAAGCAGCAAUUGGAGCAGCAGAGGCUGCAAAAAUUACAGCACCAGUCGCAGGCACACAACCCGUACCAACAACAGUCACCCUUUUCACAACACACCCAGCCUCCGUUCCACCCGUCUCAAUAUCAGCAGCAUCAAGCUCAAUCGCAACAUCAGUACGCCCCACACCAGACGCAAUUCUCUCAGCCGCAGCAGUCGCAGUUCCAGGCAUCUCCGCACCAGGCUCAAUUCCAGCAUUAUCAGCCAGGACCGCACUCCGCUGCCGUGCCUUCAUCGCAGACAGCUGCACCGGCUGUUCCUGCUGUCUCCGAAAGCCCGGUCAUGAAGUCUGACGAGUUGAGCCCUGUACCGAAGAAGAAAGCUAAACCUAAGAAGGCUACACCAACUCAAGCUCAGCCCGUACAAACCCAACCUCAUGCGCAAUCUCAACUAAAUCCACCCAUGGGCGUUCCUAGUUCUCUCCCAACACAGGGCAACGGACAAGGGCAGAUGCCCGCCGUGGCCACAGCUGGAGGUGACCAAAUUGCCACUCCGCCUCCGAAGCGUCGCCGUGGACGGCCUAGGAAGGAGGAAGUAGCGGCCAGGCUUGCAGCGCAGGCCGCGCAGGCUGCCCAAAAUGGCGAGUCUAUUCCAGGAGUACCUCAACCAGGACAAGCUUCAUUUACUGCGAACAUGACGCCGACUGCUACAGGCGCAGUACCAACCACAACCAAGGGUACGCCCAUUCUAGGACCGGAUGGGACUCCUUUGAAGCGAAAACGUGGACGUCCUCGCAAGGCCGAUCAAAUUGCGUGGGCGGCUGCAACGGGCCAACCCUUACCACCGCCUAAGCCAAGGAAGCCAGCUUCCGCCAAACCAAAAGCGCCUGGCACAGGCCGACCACGUGGGAGACCUCGCAAAGCUGAUGUGGCCGCUGCCGCUGCCGCUGCCGCAGCUGCUGCGGCUAGUGGAGAUCAGGCGCAAACAGACAUUAACCCGGGCGAGGGCGCAGAUACAAACGCACUCAAACGUACAACAUCUUCAGUCGAUGAAGAGGCGCGCAAACGGCCCUGUCCCACGCCACCGCAAAUGCUUCAAGGCCAGUCUUUGCCGCAACAGCAGAAUCUCCACAUGUUCCAGCAGAAUCAGUCUUCACAGACGCAGGCAAAUCAGCAUAUUGGGCAGCCGCAAGUCCAGCACAUGCAUCAGCAGAACCAACAUAUGUCCUCCCAGCCCGGCUCCCACCUGCCGCAUACCCAAUCCCUGCCCCAGCAGCCCGGUCAGGCGCUCUCUAUGCCACACAUGCAAAUGCACCACCACUCUCCUGUCCACCCCCCGCGACCCCUCCCUCAUCAGCCAUAUCUUCAAUCACCGAUGCAACAACAAAUGCAGCACCCGAUGUCGUCUGAGUCCCCCGUCCACGGGAUACCAGGCCAACCACGCAGACCCCCGAUUCCUCAACGGAGCCAGCCCCCUCCCCCGCCUGCACCGCAACAUGAGCAUCAGCAUACCUUCCAGAUCCAGAUGCAGCCGCAACCGACGUAG